AUGAAGUGCGAGAUUUGCCGGGAGAGUGCCUCACGGUACAAGUGCCCCAAAUGUGGUGUACAGUACUGUUCCUUGGCCUGCUACAAGAAUGAAGAAAAGCAUGUGCAUGAAGAGCAGGCGAUAACGGCGACCGAGCAACCGCCCGCGACUUCAGCGCCGCCUGCCGACGCUCCAAAGCUGGCAUCACCCCACCUGGACCGGCUAUUCCAGAGUAGUGACCGACUACGAGAGCUACUGCGGCAUAACACAGUGAAGUAUCACCUGCAUCGCGUGUACAGGAUCCUGACCGUUGGAAACGGCGUCACCGGGACGGAUGAUGUGCAGAUGAGCACAGAAAUGAAGGAGCAGCUGGCGGUGGACUAUCUGAACACCCUGCGCUACGGGGGCAUACACCAUAACGAGGCCAUCGAGGAGUUUUGCCAGAUAUUUUUGGAGCAGCUGGAACAGCAGAGGGAUGCAUAG